CCUAUUUAUUUUGUCAUGAUAAAAAUUAAAAAGGUCGUGAAAUUCAGAUAAAAUUGAGAACAUUAAUGUCGUUCAGUUCGUACUUUUUUUUGUAGUUAUUACAGAAAUAAAUCAUCAAGAUGUCUUAUAAAUAUUUAAAAAAGACCACAGGACUAACAGGACUGAAUGUGGCCAGAAAUCCACAAUACACUCUUAAUGUGCUGUACGGAAAAAUUUUGCGAAUAAUUCGCAAGAUGCCAGAAGAUGCAUCAUACAGAAAUUACACAGAAAAAAUAGUUACUGAUCGAGCUAAAAUUGUUCAAGAGAGUAAAACCGUAGAAGAAAUUGAGAAAAAGAUCAACUGUGGACAAGCUGAAGAAUUAAUAGUUCAGGCAGAAAAUGAAUUAGUCCUAAGCAGAAAAAUGUUGGCUUUUAAACCAUGGGAACCAAUUAUUGCAAGACCAAGUCUAGAACAAUGGGUUUGGCCGCCAGCGGGAAAAUAAACCCAAGGAAAUAUAUUGUUCAUUUUUUGUAUAUUAGUUUCUGAUCUUUAUAUUGGAUAUUAUAGCUAUAUAUAUAAUUCAACAAAUCGUUAGAUUUUUAAUGAAUAAUAAAAUACAAGAAAUAUGUGUAUUUA